UGGAAGAACAAUAUGAGCUCUAAGUAAUUGAUGCUUGACUUGGAAUAUGAUUACGUGAUGUUCUGAGAGUAUUAUAUAAUUUCCCUAAAAAUUAUUAGAGUGAAAUUUGAGUAUUUAAUAAUUUGCAAUAUUAUCUAGUUUACCCAAACAAAUCUAACUUUAAAAUAAUAAUAAAUAGGAUCCAUUCCUCUCUUAAUAAGGCCAAGUAGGGGUGUGCAACGGAUGGCUCGGCCCGCCACACCCGGCUCGGCCCGGCCCGUCACACCCGGCCUGGUCCGGCCCGCUGAGUUUUGGUGGAUGCGUGACAUGUGACGGACGGAUACGGGUCUAUAUUUUUCAUUUUCUUGGAUUCGGGUCGGGUCGGGUCGCGGGUAAACCACCAAUUUUAUCUGCUCACCCGACCCGCCCGCGCCCUCACUUAUUUUCCCCCUUUUCCCCCGUGUUGCCUCUUUUUUAUUUUCAUUUCACGUUUUGUAGCCCUAGGUUCUUCAACAUGUCUCUGUCUCUCUCAACUCUCUCUCUCUCUCUCUCUCUCACACACACUUGAACAAAGAUGAGUGACGAGUGGUAAUCGGCGACAAUGGUGGCUAGCGACGAUCGGCGAUCGGCGACAAUAGCGGCGAGCAGCGAUCGAAACAUUGAUUUGAAGGCAGAAGCAUUAGGAAGCUUCUUCUUUGCCACCAUUGAUGGUUCGAUGGUGUCAGACUUCAUUAUCAUCCUUUUUUACGAAAAACUUGGUGGGCGGAGAGUUGGAGUUGACGGAGACAUGGGAGUGGAUGAUAAAUCGAUUGCCCUUGAUGCCGUCAACAAGGAAGCUGUUGAUCUGGAGAACAUGCCCCUCAAAGAAGUAUUUGAACAUCUCAAAUGUACAAAAGAGGGUCUGAGUACCGAUGCAGUUCAAGAACGGUUGGAACUGUUUGGAUACAACAAACUUGAAGAGAAAAAGGAAAGUAAAAUAUUGAAGUUUUUGGGCUUUAUGUGGAAUCCUCUGUCAUGGGUCAUGGAAGCAGCAGCUUUACUGGCCAUUGCUCUUGCACAUGGAGGGCAUAAGGGCACAGAUUAUCAUGACUUCUUUGGCAUCUUGAUCUUGCUCAUUAUCAACUCUACCAUCAGUUUUAUUGAGGAAAACAAUGCUGGCAAUGCGGCUGCUGCUCUUAUGGCUCGAUUAGCUCCAAAAGCCAAGGUCCUGCGUGACGGGAAGUGGAGUGGGGAAGAUGCCUCAGUGUUAGUUCCUGGUGACAUAGUAAGCAUCAAACUUGGGGACAUUGUACCUGCUGAUGCACGCCUUCUUGAAGGAGAUCCUCUAAAAAUUGAUCAGUCUGCUCUUACCAGAGAAUCACUUCUUGUAACCAAGAUUUGAGAUAUAUAAAUUUCUGAUUUAUGUUCUCUAGAGGUGGAAAAUACUCGGAAGAAGAUGCAAAGGCUGUCGUGGUACAGAUUUUGAGUGUGGUUGCCUACUGUCAUCUCCAAGGUGUAGUUCACCGUGACCUCAAG